AUGUCUGACGACGAGAACGAGGGACAGAUCAUCAGGGAUUUCCCAUGGAUCUUUGAGACGAUUUGGGACCUGAACAAGAGGUAUAGGAAGAAGAGGAAGGAUCAGCAGCUGGCAACCUUCUUCAUCGGCAGGGGUGUGGACCGAGCGAUCGACAUGUUCCAUCGCCUGGACAAGGACCGAGGAGGCUCGUUGACUCUGAAGGAGUUUGUGUUCGGUCUUUACGGCAUGAACGGGAUUCCCAAGGACAUCACUUUGAACGACCUCUGGGCUUUCGUGAAAGCUUUCGAUAAGGACGGCAGUGGGACCAUCGAUUCCUCUGAGUGGACUCAGCUUGUCAAGGAGAUGAAGAUCCCACGGAGCAAGAAGCAAGGGCUCUUCCUCUGCCCGGUCCCCGAGACCAUCCUCUUCAACGACGGUGCUCCUUCCCUCUGGUUCUUCUCGCGCCAGGAGGAUGGACACCUUAUGUCCCGCCAGCUGCCCGAGAAGGUGUGGGCGGCCAUGGAGAGCUGCCUGCAUGCCAGCUGGGAGAAGCUGCCGGAGAGCUUGAAGUUCGGGAAGAGGAGGGAGGUUGUGAACUUUGGGCUCCUGUGGAUCAGGGAGGGGAGCGACGUUUCCUUCCUCCCGCUGUCGCAUGCGGAGUUCACCGCGCUGGCUAAGGAGCAGCAGAGCGGGUUGAAGCACGUGGUGGCGGUGCAGGCGAUCGCCUCGAGGAUGGAGCCCGGAGUGGUGUACAAAUGUGUCUUCUCUAGGGAGACAAAGUCUGGCAACUACUCGGCCGAAGUGACUCAGGAGUUUCACGUUCCUGCUUUUGACAAGCUCGCGAAGAAGGAGGAGGGGAAGGGAAGGUACAAGCUCAAGUCGGAGAGGUGA